AUGCAACUUCCGCCACACCCGCUAUAUUCGCUCGAGCUCACACCCCGCUUCGAUGCGGACGGUGUGAGUAGCCUCGGGGUGCUGCUCCGGCUACAAUUACCAGCCAUCAAGGCCGGGGAGCCGGUUUUCACCUUUGACAGCUUUUCCGCCAACGUUCCCGGUCAUCCGUUCAAAGAGGAAGACAUCAACUCCACAGACGAUGCAGGUCCCCUAGAUAUCCGAUUUCACAAUCUCCCUCCUGAGGGCCGGGACAGGAAACAGCAAUGGUUCUUCAACCGGGAACACCAAGGCGACGUCAUUCUCCAGUUCGACGUCUUCCCGCGCAAAGUUAAUAUCCGGACCCCGCUCGGUGCCCGCGUCGAUCUCCGCCGCGAUCAGGGCGGUCUCCAUGGCGCCGGCCUGUGGUUUCUGCCGCAGCUGAUUGCCGAUCAACUCUUUACCGUCGUGGUCAAGUGGAACCUGCCGGCCGACGCGCCGGCGUCUACGCGAUGUGUGUGGAGCUACGGGGAAGGUACCAAGCCGAUUGUUCGCGUCGGCCGCUCAAACAUCCUUCGGAAUACAGUGUACAUGGUGGGCCCAGUCCAAAGCUCGGCUGGGGCGUCGUCAUCUGCGUGUUACUGGUUUGGCGAUCUUCCGUCCAACCUGGACCGGUUGAAGGGGUAUAACACUGCCCUGUUUCCCAAGAUGGAGGAUUAUUUUGGCUUAUCGGGUGGGACGUAUCGCAUGUUUAUGCGGAAAUCUAUCGUCGGCUAUGGUGGCACCGGCUUUGAUGCCAGCUACAUGUUAGAAUACGAUGACAGGAGUAUCAACGUGGCAGACGACAGUCUACUCCUGUUGUUCACCCAUGAAAUGGUCCACAGCUUUGCCAUGAUUGAUCCAGGGGAGGCAAAUGAGAAUGAAUGGUUUAUCGAAGGAGUUGCGGAACUGUAUUCAUCAUACUUACCCUACCGCUUUGGCUUUCGAGGGAAGGAUUUCUUGAUCAAGACCAUCAACGAUCAUCUGCAGGGCUAUUUCACCAGCCCCCGAAUCAACAUGGACAUUCGCGAUGCGGCCACGGCCAAGUUCAACGACUGGUACGCGGAAUGGAUUUCCUAUAAGCGCGGCUUCGCAUAUCUACUCUUCCUCGAUCUCUACCUACGACGACACACUCGCUCGUAUGACUUUGCCACGGCAGGGCCCCUUGACUCUGUCAUCCUAGGCUUGUCAAAAAGAAACAGGCAAGGAGAGACCGUCGGCGGCCGCGACUGGUUGGAGUCCGUAAAGACGUCCCUUGGGAGCGGCGACUUACCAAUCGAGGAGCAAUACCAAGACAUGCUUCGCGGGCGGACAGUCAUUGAUUUUGACGGUCUUUUCGUGGGAGAGCCAUUGAACAAACUGAAACCCGCCCAGCUCCCAAUCAUGGACUUCGGCUUCGACAAACGCAGCACUAAUUCUCGUGUUGUUACUGGACUGAUUCCGAAAUCGCCGGCAGCUGAAGCGGGCUUGUGGGAAGGAGCUCAAAUCGUGAGCACGUCUCUGGCUAGUGAUUGCAUCGAUGAUAUCCAAUCGACUUACAAGGUCCUUGUUCAAGACGGUGACGGCACUCGUCUUAUAGAGUAUAUACCUCGGACGAAGGAGACUGCACUGUCCUGGCAAUUAGAGUGUGAUUGA